AAAAGUAGCAUCGAGUCAUAGAUGUUAUCAGGUGAAAGUCAUCUCUACAGGCUCAGUCAAGAUCUGAUCAGCUAAAAGUCAUCUCUACAGGCUCAGUCAAGAUCUGAUCAGCUAAAAGUCAUCUCUACAGGCUCAGUCAAGAUCUGAUCAGCUAAAAGUCAUCUCUACAGGCUCAGUCAAGAUGAGGUUUUGUUUAGCAGCAGUAGUUCUAGUGUUUGGUUUGGUCAGAGGAGACCAGCUCUGUCAACCAGAUGGUAGUGGAGUUCGUCGCUACAACGGUAAGCCCUGUGCUAGCACAACUAGAUACGACGACGGUCACAGAGGCUCAUGUGGAUGUGGACCACCAGGAGGAGACACGCCGUUUGCUUGGAAUUUGAAUUCCCUCACUGUAGCAGCCAGCCAGAAAUACUUCGAUGACGGUGGAGAUAAAACCUGGUGUGGACAGAAUUGUGGGAAAUGUGUCAAACUGACCCCUACAGGUGGCUUUGUUCCUGGUCUGGGGAGAGCUCCUUCUAAUUUGAACCCUCAGAUUUUCCUUGUCACAAACGACUGCCCUGUUCAAGGAAACGAAGAAUGGUGUGGUCAGCGUGGAAAACCAGGCUCUAGUCAGGUCAACUCUCACGGCUAUGAAGUUCACUUUGAUCUUCAAAACCACAACGGUCAAGUAGUGAAUAACCUGAACUGGGACAACAUUGAGACAACUUGGGAAGAAGUCGGCUGUCCUGGAGAUUUAGCCAACAAUUAUCGUCAGUGUGAAUGUCAUUAAACUCAGCGUUUGUGGAUGUUAAACUUGAUUGGAUAAUAAUUAGUUCGCAUUUGAUGUUUUCUCAUGACGAUUUGAAUGUUUGAGUUGAUUUGGCGACAAGAACAAUAAAACUUAUAAUUCAAUCA